GGGUUUCCUUCCCCGUGAAUCAAGGGCUUUCAUUCCCCACGCAGAAUAGAAAGCGAGUUCCCACGCACACCGUAGAUAUCUGUGCCUCGAGCCACGGACUACUCCUCCGGGCUGAAUAUUAAAAUCCAGGCUCCGGUGUGACAAGAAGCAUGCGUAUUGACUGACUCCUUUGCCAUAAUAGUCAUCCCUAUAUCAAUUCUCCGACAACUGACUGAGAAGGAGAGGAUGCUCUGGAUUCUCAGAAUGUGUUAGUGCUGCUAUGACUGACGGUGGGUGAUAAGCAGCAGCUCAGAUCGCUGGGUGCCCAACGACAGACAGAGAGCCAUGCACGCGAGUGAUAAAGAGCAGGGCAAUUGGACCAUGCAGCCAGGCCGUGGUCCUGGUUCUGCUCCAGAUUUGACAGAUGAAGAAAAAGAAAUUAUAAAUGGUGUUAUAGCACGAGCGGAGAAAAUGGAGGCCAUGGAGCAAGAGAGGAUUGGGCGCUUAAUAAACCGCCUGGAUGACAUGAAGAAGACUGUGUGUGGGGAUGGACUGUCUCGCUGUGUGCUGUGUGGGGAGCAGCUAGGCACACCUGGGGUCAGCUCCGUGGUGUGUGAGGACUGCAAAAAGAACAUGUGUACAAAGUGUGGGACCCAGUGCAGCAGUAGGCCCCGUGCUGUGUGGCUGUGCAAAAUCUGCAGAGAACAGCGAGAGGUUUGGAAGAGGUCUGGUGCCUGGUUCUUUAAAGGAUUUCCCAAACAAUUCCUUCCUGCACCCAUGCCAUUAUCUAAGCCGAAAGAUCAACGUGCCCAGGAAGCAGCCUCCAAACCGAGGGAGGAGGCAAGUCAACAUCAGCAACCUGAGCUCAAGGGCCGUGCUGGUUAUCCACCUGUGGCCCCAAAGCCAUCAGUUGUACGCAUGGCCACAGGCAGUGCCGGCCCUGAAGAGGCAGAGCAGGGAAGCCCCGUGGUGAUGAAGAGGAUGGUGCCCGUUCAGAGCUCCAGACCGCUGCCGGUUGUGACGCCGUCUAUGGCUCCACAGGGUCAGGUGGGGCGUGAAGGAGGUGCUUACUAUUGUGGUGCUGUCUCUUCAGAGCAGAGAGCACCUUCUGCUGUACGAGAGGACAGAAGGCAGCCCGCCGCUUACAGUGCUCCUCCUGCCCGACAUCAACCCCCCCCUGCCGCAGAGGAAGAAGAGGUCAAUGACUAUGAUUCUGAUGAAGCCACCACCCUGGGCUCUCUGGAGUUCAGUCUGAUGUAUGACCAGGAAAGCAACAGCCUUCAUUGUAGCAUCCUUAAGGCAAAGGGCUUGAAACCUAUGGAUUCAAAUGGACUGGCAGAUCCUUAUGUCAAGCUUCAUCUACUGCCAGGAGCUAGCAAGUCAACAAAGCUGCGCACAAAGACCUUGAGGAACACUCGCAACCCUGCGUGGAAUGAGACACUCACCUAUCAUGGCCUGACGGACGAUGACAUGCAGCGCAAGACCCUCAGGCUGUCUGUCUGUGAUGAGGACAAGUUUGGGCACAACGAGUUCAUUGGAGAGACCCGGGUGGCACUGAAGAAACUGAAGAUGAACCAGAAGAGAAAUUUCAACGUGUGUCUGGAGAGAGUUGUUCCAACAAAGAGAACAGCGACAGCAGGUGGAGCUCGAGGCAUUGCUCUCUAUGAAGAUGAGUCUGCAAAAGAUGGUGGAGAGGUAGAGGAACGUGGUCGCAUUCUUAUCUCCCUCAUGUACAACACCCAGCUGAACCGUCUCCUCGUGGGUGUGGUGCGCUGUGUUCAUUUGGCUGCCAUGGAUGCGAACGGAUAUUCUGACCCCUAUGUCAAAAUAGUUCUGAAACCCGACAUGGGGAAGAAGGGCAAGUGUAAAACUCAGAUCAAGAAAAGGACUUUAAACCCAGAGUUCAAUGAGGAAUUCAGCUUUGAUAUUAAACACAGCGAACUGGCUAAGAAGACUUUAGAUGUCUCUGUGUGGGAUUAUGAUAUUGGGAAGUCCAAUGACUACAUUGGUGGCUGUCAGUUGGGCAUCACUGCCAAAGGAGAAAGGCUAAAACACUGGUAUGAGUGUUUGAAGAACAAAGACAAGAGGAUUGAGCGUUGGCACACAUUGAUGAAUGAGAAUCACACCGCAAGUGAUUAACUACCUGUUACAAAAACAGCAUGAGCUAGAACAACCCCCGUCCUCUUGGUCCGCAUUUACCUCUCUGUGCACCUUUUUAUAUAGCCUUGUUUUGUUAUGUAUUUCACCACCUGAUUUUGGCACUACUCUUGUGCCUCCUCUGUCGUUUUCUGUUCUCCCUGUGCUGGCUUGAUCCACCAUCUGAGAGAUGCACUACAUCAAAAAAAGUUACCUGACACACUUAUUAUUCCACGAAUCAAUCAAGAGUUGGGCUAGAUUCCUUAUAUCACCCUGAAUCCGAUUUUCAUCCUACAAUAACCUUUAGACAAUUCUAUACUUACAACUUUGAGGUUACAGUUGAGGAAAGGCCAUUUUCUGCCCCAGCAUAGCUGUGCGUGCCCCAGCGCAUAAUUGUACAACGGAAGGUCAAUAAAAACAUGGUUGGAUGAGUUUUGUGUGGAAUAACUUGCACAGAACACCGACUUCAAUCCCAUUAAACACUUUUGGGAACAGAGAUAACGAGCCAUCAGGCCCUCUCUCAGGUCCAAAUUAAGUGAUGUCUGACCUCACAAAUGUUCUUUUGGAGGAAUGGACAAAAAAAAUAAAAAUCUCCCAGACAAUUCCAAUCCGACCAGAAGAGUGGAAGAAGCUGUUGUCACUUCAAAGUUGUGCCCAGUUAUAAUUGCUUUCAUUUUUACUUAAGUGUAUUGAUCGUGCAGCCAAAUAAUUUUCUGUAUUGUGUGCCAUAGUUGACCUAAAGGCUAUUUAUUUAUGAAAAACAAACACCAGGGUAAAAAGAAACAAGGAAAGUCUUGGUCUACAAGUAUGGCCUUUGUUCCUCCAAAAUGCAUUUGCUGGAGUCAAGCGCAUGCAAACCCCAAACUAAUGUACAGUAUACAGUAUGUCCUAAAGCCUACCCCAAAGCAUGGAAAAUUGAUGAAAACAGGAAUCAUACAGGUGGUCUGAAAGUGGAGUCGAAUUUUCAGUUUUGUUAUUGGAAAAGUCCGUUUUCUGUGACAUACUGUACAACACCAAUGAAAGUAUAAAUUAAUUGUUUCUGGAAACACUUGUUUGCGUGGACUUAGCGAGCAAUUUCAUUUAUGUAUCCGAGACAUGUAGACAAAGAGUUGCACAAUUGUACAGCGAGCGGUAUGCCGAGUCUGAGACAUUGGUUGCUUUGUCGGCAUUUAAGGAAAAAAAAAAAAGCAAUAUGUUGUAGCACACGGAGGUCACAAUCAUUACUGAGGAUCCUAAACGCAAAUAGCUUGCGCUGGAACAUUCACCAAAAUGUCAAGCUUAUCUGGCGUGAUAAUGUCACACCUGAUGAUAACACUUGAAUUAUACAAGCAUGCCAAACCACUGAUGUGUAAGAAAACACGAAAGAUAAUGUAUACAACCAUGAAGAAAUGUUUACAUACCGAUACAUUGCUCAGGUUAGAUAGAAAUAUGACAUAAGUGACUCAUGAGUAUUUGGAUCCACCAAUUGAUGUUAAUUUGUGAUUUGAUUAGAGCACACAAGGUAAAUAAUAGGUGUAUUUGUGUGUGGUUACUUAAUAUGUCAAAUCUCAGUUUGUAGUACCGUAAUUAACACGCAGACAGAUUUUCUAUGUCAAGUUUUACACUGAAUACAAACGGCAAGCGUUCACUCCUUAACAAAUUAGUCAGGAAAAAAAAGUGGAACUGUUUUUGUCAUAAGUGUGUGCAGCCUUACCUGCAUGCACUGUGCUUGUGACUCUCAUGUGCCUGCGGCAGUCGUGGCCCACUCUUACCCCAACACACCAUUUGCACAAUGCAGGGUUAUUCUGCCACUCCCUCCCAAUUCAUGGCUUUGUGGCGUGUAUUCAAUAAUCACAGCAAACCAAGCAAAGCACACCUUACAAAGUGGAAUGACACCAACUUAUAGAGCUGUUUGCAAGUUAUUCCAAGUACAAAAACAAGAAAUUCUAUGCAUGAAGUUUAUUGUGGUACAAGUCUAUACAGUAUACAAAUCGAUAUAGAGAUUAUGUAUACAGUAUCUGUAUGUAGUUUAUAUAUAUAAACAUACAUGCCUAUACAUAUAUUGUGAGAAUAAUCAUGUAGUAAUUAAUGUUUACAUCUCUUAGACUUCAUAUACAAGAGGCCAUGUUCUGCAUGACAUGACUAUUUGAAUAAACUGCUAAGCUGAUUUGAUAAGCAUAUAAUCACAUGGCUCAUAAAAGGUAGCAGUUGCAGAUUGAAGAGAGUCAUGUCUUUCAUCACGGUCUUGUUGUCUGCACAACAUCUCUGCCCCUUGUGGCAGUGUGUAAAGCACCUGCCAGUAGCAUCAUGUACAUAAUUCUAUUUUGUGCUGCUUUGGCCGCCGUGGUCAUUACAUGAGAUCAACACAAAUCAUGUUUGAUUGAUUGUUUGCUUUAAAACUGGAAUCUCUCAGAGCAUUCUGCCAACCUUGAUCACUGUUGUACUGUAAAUAGAGUAGCGCAUGCACUGGAAACUUGUAUGUUUGCACACAAUGUUGCAUGCAAAAAUUUUGCAGAAGUAACACAGGUCAAUAAAGUCAAACAAAACCAA